AUGCAACCAGAGUUUUUAUCAAUGCUUGAAACAGAGCUCGGUGUCGGUCGUGUAGGUCAAGAAUAUGGUAUGACAGAGAUUGGUAAUUUUCUAACUUGUAAUCUUGAUGUCGAUCAUGACGACGAUCGACGACAUACGUCUAUUGGUCGAUGCUUGCCUCAUAUGGAAAUUAAAAUUGUCGAUAAUAACGGAACAGUUGUUCCGAUUGGAGCCGAAGGAGAAAUUUGGGCACGUGGCUAUUCGAUCAUGUCUUGCUAUGAUAAUGAUCGUGAGAGAACGGCAGAGAUGAUUACUGAUGAUCGAUGGUUACGGACAGGCGAUUUGGCACGAAUGGAUGAUGAUGGCUAUUUGUUCUUUGUCGGACGAAAAAAAGAAAUGAUCAUUCGGGGCUCUACCAACAUAUAUCCGAUGGAAAUUGAACGAGUCAUUUUGGAACAUCCGAGUGUGGCUGAUGUUCAAGUGUUUUCAAUUCCUGAUCCACUUAUUGAUGAAGCUGUGUGUGCAUUUGUAAAACUGAAACCAGAAAUGAAAUGUGAAGUCGACGAACUCAAAAUGUUUCUCAGUGACAAAUUAACUCCAUAUAAAAUACCUGAACAUAUCCGAUUUGUCGAUGAUUUCACUCGAAAUGUAAUGGGUAAAGUAGCAAAAUAUAAACUCGCUGAAGAGAUGAUUCAUAUCUUGAAAAGCUCAUAG